AUUGACACAAAACACAACAAUCGAAGCGGAUCGCUUUCGUCCCUGUUUUCGUACACCAGGGUUCAUUUCUUUCCAACAGUCUUGACCACCCAACCAAACCACUCAGGUCAUUUCACUCUGUACAAAGCUGUGGACCGUGCGUGUCUGUCUUCUUCAAGUGUCGUUUACCGUGUCCCUGUGGUGCGUGUGUUCGUUUUCCCAGCUUUUCCCCAGUGUGUGUUUUUCUCCACGCUCAGCUGCUAACUCUUGCUAUCGAAAGCGAAUAGAUCUGUCGAGGGUGGUUCGCAGCAGUGUUAAAUCUUGCUAUGAAAGGUGCUAACGUGUCAACAACGGCAAACCUACCAGCAACACCCCGCAGCAACAUGUUUCCUUUCUCGUGAAUGAAUUCUCGAUCCAUCCGCCCAAUCAGCAUCCAUUUUCCCAAGCCAGUUUUCCCUCGCUGAAAGUGCGUGCGCUUUUCUUCUUCACGAACCGUGGUCGUCGUCGUCGGGUGCUGGGCCGGAAAGCAGAAAGAAACAUAUUUCAUGCUUCGGAGGUUUGUGUGCGCCAGUGCGGCCAAGUGUUGUUGACUUACGGCGCUGCUGUGUUUACCACCACCGUCGUUCAGUGUGGUGAGGUGCAAAGCAAAAGAAGGAAAGAAAAAAAAGUUAAAGGUGAAUUGAAGCAAUCACACAACAAAAGCGUGUGCUACUGCGAUCGUAAGUUGCUGGUACGCGAAGAAAACCGGUUCUGAGCGGGCGGAAGUGGUGUUGAGCUAAAUAGAAUCAUUCCUUCGCUUCUCGCCGGAAGCGAAAGUGUGUCCACGUUUGCAUGUGUUGAAGUGUCUGUGUUGUGUGUGUGUGUUUGUGAUAAAAGUGCGGAAGUGAGGAAAAUUGGUCCCGGAAUUGGAAAAUUGGAGUAAAGCUCCAAACACGGUCCUAGCACAUUCCCUAGUUCUAGAAGAGAAAAACGAACCGAGCGGAUUAUCUUCGAAAAGCAUGGUGCAAAAGUAUGAAUCUCCCGUCAGGAUCUACAAAUAUCCUUUCGAGCUGGUUGUGGCGGCGUACGAACGCCGGUUCCCCACCUGCCCGCAGAUGCCGAUCGUGCUGGACUGCGAGAUAAUCGAGGACACGCUGUACGAUAAUGGCGCGCGCCGCGACACGAAACGGCGUUGCAAGAUCGCGGUCGAGGCGCCCUACCUCAUCAAGAAGAUCAUCGGCGUCGAUGUGGUGUUCUUCAUCCAGAAAAACUUCCUGGACAUGAAGACGCGCACGCUCAGCAUCGAGGCGACGAACGAAUCGUUCGCGACGCGCGUGGAAAUCUUCGAAAAGUGUCGCUACUACGCGCAUCCGGAAAAUCCCGACUGGACGUGCUUCGAUCAAACGGCGACGCUGGACAUUAAGAACUUUUUCGGCAUCGAACAUUCGAUGGAGAAGAUGGGCAUGAAGCAGUACACGCAGACGACGCUCAAGGGCAAAGAAAUCAUCGAGUACUUUGUGAACGAACUCAAGCAGGAAGGCAUCACGCAUGUGGACAGAUGGCCAGCUGAGCAGACGGUAAACUCCACGACGGCAACCCAGGCCAACACUGCCCUGCCCGAGAAGCCACCCCUAUGCCGCGACAAUUCCAUCCUGGACGCUGACUACAUCGCCAAAUAUCUUGGCCAGCUAACGCCGCUGCAGGAAUCGAAGCUGGUGCAGCUGCGCAAACGGUUCGAGCACGGGACGUCCGAACACCCGGAACCGGACUAUCAGACGCUGUUGCGAUUUUUGCGUGCGCGCGAUUUUAGCAUCGAUAAGGCGACGGGCAUGCUGCAGGAAUCGCUCCAAUGGCGCAAGGAGCACCGCAUCGACGACAUUCUCAGCGAGUACAAAACGCCGGCCGUGGUGGAAAAGUACUUCCCGGGCGGCUGGCACCACCACGAUAAGGAUGGCCGACCUUUGUACAUCCUCCGGCUCGGCACGAUGGACGUCAAAGGAUUGCUCAAGUCGGUCGGGGAAGACGAGCUGCUCAAAUUGACGCUGCACAUUUGCGAGGAAGGCUUGAAGCUGAUGAAGGAAGCGACCAAGCUGUUUGGCAAACCGAUCUGGAACUGGUGCCUGCUGGUGGAUCUGGACGGGCUGUCGAUGCGCCACCUAUGGCGUCCGGGUGUGAAGGCGUUGCUGCGCAUCAUCGAAACGGUCGAGAAAAACUAUCCGGAAACGAUGGGCCGCGUGCUGAUCGUGCGGGCACCACGUGUUUUUCCCGUCCUGUGGACCAUCGUCAGUACAUUCAUCGAUGAAAACACCCGGUCAAAGUUUCUGUUCUUCGGCGGUCCCGAUUGCAUGCACGCAGAGGAUGGCAUUGAGCAGUACAUCGAUACGGACAAGAUUCCCAGCUUUUUAGGUGGUUCGUGCAGUACCUUAAUCCACGAAGGUGGUUUGGUGCCGAAACAUCUGUACAAAUCGGAAUCGAUCGAGGAAAGCAACGGUGCGAUCCAUGCGCACGAUCACCAUGGGCUGUACAAGGCGGUCGAUCUGAAGCCGGGCCAACUGUUCGAGCUGCUGAUACGCAACACGGACCCGAAGAGUGUGCUGACGUGGGACUUUGAGGUGCUGAAAAAUGAUACCCUGUUUGCCGUUUACCACACCGAGAAGGAGCUGGAGCCGAGCGGGAAUGAUGACUUUUCCUCCGUGUUUGAUGCGCCCGACUUCAAAGAAGGCUCCAACUAUAAGAAAAUCGAGCAAAGUGUCAAGUGUCGGCCAAAGGAAGGAGUGCAGGGAUCACACGAAAUGGCAUCCACCGGCACGUACGUCCUGCAGUGGAUGUGUCCACCGUCCUGCGACGGGCCUGCGCAAUUGAUGUAUUUCCACGAAAUCCUCAGCUCGGCCAACUACAAAGGCUCGAUGACUAGUCUACAGUCGGGAUUCUCCUCCAACAGCUUACAAUCUCGAUGAUGAACGUAUGAGACUGACCGGGGGGGAGAUCUGUCCUCGGCGAACGCUGCCACAGUUGCUGCCCAAUCAACCGUGGGAGAAUGUUCCCACAGUGCGUCGUCGACAGUGCCGCACCGAUCGGCUACCGAUGCAGCAUCGUCGACAAUCUCAGCAACCCAAUCAUAUGCAACGUGAAUCUCUUACAUCUACCCGGUAACGGCUACGUUAUCCCUGUUCUCCCUUUCAAAAAGGCAACAAGCAAUCACUCACACACACACACACACACACACACAUUUAGUUCCACAACUAAUGUUCGAAGGUUGUAAUACACAUCGUAAAACGGAAAGCAACUAUCGCUGAACGUACGAAACGACACAGAAUCACCAAAAAAAGCAACCCGGCUUUUAUCGCAGCACCACUGCAACAAUUUCAAUGCAAGACAAGAGUGAAGCAUAAUCAAUUAAUAGGAUAAUAGAGGGAUUCAUUGGGAUCUCUCUCGAGCAAGGAGCGCGCGUGUUUGUGUUUGUGUGUAAAGAUAUUAGGCAAAUGUCAAACAGACUUAACUAUACCCACACAACACACACUAUACAUAGAAAUGAAUCUUAAAUAUGCUACUUCCCUGCCGUCCUUUCUCAGUUGAGGUUGACCGUGCUGUGUGUGUCCCCAUGUGAAGCGGACAAUAAAUAGGAGGAAUGUUACUGGAUCGCCAAGGGGAAGUGUGAGCGUGAAAGUGUCACACGAUGUUUCAUGGCGAACGAGGACGAAACAUCAAACCGGAAAGCAGUAACGAAGUAACGAAACACACCAUUUACGCGCAGGUAGGAUGAGAUUGUGAGCUAAUUUUUAAACCAACCAAUUGCACCAGAUAGUAAGAUAUUGUUGGUACUGUAUUGCGUACGAUGCGUAAGCUUAAGCUGCAGUUUUCGAUGUUUACCCUUACUGGACAAAGGCUUUCAUAUGUACAGAGGACGCACGCAUACACACAGCACAAAUCCCCCAUCAGCUGCUCACACAGUACGGUGUGCAGUACAGUAGUGAUGGGCUCCGACUUCAUCCCGGAGUCGGCUCCGCUCCAACAGCUCCGGAGUCGGCUCCGCUCCAACUGCAAUGACUGCGAACCUAAGUCUUUAGAAACGGUUACGAACACAUUUUUUCCGGUGCUUUUUACUCUAUAAAAACUCAGCUGCUUUUGGAAGUUGGUAUGGAGAGCAGGCGGCAUUUCAGAAGCAAGCACGAGUCCCAUGAUGACCCUAAGCCAGUGUGUUAUGUAUGAGACCUCCUGAUCGUACGUUGUUAUCCGACCAGGGCAACGAAAGGAGACAGCUUUUUCUUUUUUACCCGUGGUCAUAAGUGGCUCCAGAGGCGUUAGUGCGGUGGCGGCUCCGGAACCAUCGGUCGAAGUGGAGCCAGCUCUCCGGAGCCGUCGGAACAGAGUCGACUCCCGAGAGUCGACUGGAGCCGGUAGUCAAAGCUAAUAUUCCCAUCACUACAGUACAGCCAUUGCUAUCGAUGUGCUUUUUUUCUAUUGGUUCAUCGUAAUUAAGAUGAGUGAGAGAGAGAGGUGAGAGAACAACCAUCACCGUUUCCAAUUUUUAAAAUGCAAAAACAAGGCAUCCAACAUUCGCAUCAUUGCUGGUAAAUGACGUAGAGUGUGGCGUAGAGACGAUAAGCAAAAGGUGAUAUAUCUAAGAGCCGCUACACAGAUCCAAACACACACACACACACACGCUGCUGUGUAUUUCGCGCCAAUAGUUUCAAGAUUGUUUAGUGAAUCCGUUUCUUUUUUGCGUUUAAGGUUGAAUCAUUUUAAAAGUGUAAAGAUCUGUACUUGUGUAAAUUAUGCGUUAGUUAAGUAGCGUUUGACUAGUUUAAUCGGUGUGCGAAAGCAGUUUCAUCAAUACGUACGUAGAGUGGCGCGUAACCAUUAUUGCAUUGCUUUUUGAGGUGUUUGAGGUGAAUUGAGAGUUAUAGAAAGUAAUUAUACACACACACACACAGGCGCGUUAUUUGAUAAUUAUAAUGAUUCGAUUGCCGAUAGGUUUAUCUGUACAACACGAUAUAGCAAUCCAUGUAUGCCUAUAUGCAGAUGCAGUUUUAACACCGAUUAGAAGGAGCUGUUAUUAGAGAGAGAGAGAGGGUGAGAGAGAGGGAGACCGCGAAAAUUUGAGAGAGACCCCCAGGUUCACGAUAGUUUGUUAACAAGUAGAGUGAGUGUGCGUGACGCGGGGGCCUGACUUACCAACUACCAAACAUACGACACUGCAAGCGUGUGACCUGAUGUGCGAUAAACCAAUUUAGAGAAAGCUUUUUACCACCACACGCGUGUACGUGUUUGUUAGAGAUUUGCAGCCCAAUCAUCUCUCUUUUUUCUUAAUCCACUUUUUCGCAAACGGUAAAACCAAGUGAUAGCAAAUUGUCAUCCAGAAGCAGAAGCAGCAGUAGUAGUGAAUGGCGUAACGUAAACGAUGGUACACAAAUCAUACAUAUUGGCCGGUUGGCAGAUACAUACAUUGAUAGCUCAGUGCAAAGAACUAGCGGCUAGUGGUGGAAAGGUGUUGUAUGGCGUGUGUGUUUGUUUGUGUGGUUUAUGUGUAGGAUGCAAGACGGCACACAACACAAUGUAUGGAAGUAUUGUAUUGUCGACACACUCUUAGCAUAUUACGGCCGUAAAUAAAGGUACUUGAUUUAAAUGCAA